UUGUCUCGCAACCCCAGGCUUGACACCUUCAUUCAGUCUGUUCUGCUCUUUGCAGUGCUCAGUUUACGGUCUCUCAGCCUCUUAAAAGUAUACCUCCCUCUGAAGUUGAGAUUGACUGCUGAAAUGGGAGGAAUUCUCUUGGGGAAAGCUGCGUGAGUUGAUAUUUUUUCUAACCUGGAGAAGCUACUGGAUCUAACUCAAGCCAUGGCAGUUUUCAAGCAAGACAAUGUGGAGAAGUAUUAUGAGAUGGGCGAAGAGCUGGGCAGUGGCCAGUUUGCUAUUGUGAGGAAAUGCCUGGAGAAAAGCACGAGGGUCGAGUAUGCGGCCAAGUUCAUCAAGAAGCGACGCCUAUCGUCCAGCCGACGUGGGGUGAGUCUGGAGGAGAUCGAGCGGGAGGUGAACAUCCUGCGGGAAAUCCAGCACCCCAACAUCAUCACCCUGCACGACAUCUUCGAGAACAAGACUGACGUGAUCCUCAUCCUCGAGCUGGUGUCGGGAGGCGAGCUCUUCGAUUUCCUGGCGGAGAAGGAGUCGCUGACUGAGGAGGAGGCCACUGAGUUUCUCAAGCAAAUCUUGGACGGGGUUCACUACCUGCAUUCAAAGAAAAUCGCUCACUUUGACCUGAAGCCUGAAAACAUCAUGCUCCUGGACAAAAACGUGCCCAAUCCUCGCAUCAAGCUGAUCGAUUUCGGCAUUGCGCACAAAAUCGAGGAUGGGAACGAGUUUAAGAACAUCUUCGGAACCCCAGAGUUUGUGGCUCCCGAAAUAGUGAACUAUGAACCCCUUGGCUUGGAAGCAGACAUGUGGAGUAUUGGUGUGAUUACCUAUAUUCUGUUGAGUGGCGCUUCACCAUUUCUGGGUGAAACGAAACAAGAAACGUUGACAAACAUUUCUGGCGUGAACUACGAUUUUGAUGAGGAAUAUUUCAUCAACACCAGCGAGCUGGCCAAGGACUUCAUCCGCAGACUCCUCGUCAAAGACCCGAAGAAGAGAAUGACCAUCGAUGACAGUUUGCAGCACCCGUGGAUUAAGGUGAUCAAGCGAAGGAAUGUCAGAAAGGAAGAUCAAGGGAGGAAGACUGAGCGGCGUAGACUGAAGACGACACGUCUGAAAGAGUACACGAUCAAGUCGCACUCGAGCAUGCCUCCAAACAACACCUACGUCAAUUUCGAGAGGUUCUCGAAGGUCCUGGAGGAAAUCAACGCCGUGGAAGACAGCAUUCAGGAGCUGGUGAGAAACAAGAAAUCUUUCAAGGAGGACAUCGACGCGCUCAUUUCAAUCUACGACGAGAAAGAGUCCUGGUACAAGGAGGAGAAUGACAGCAUCAGUCAGGACCUGGGGCAGAUCAAGAGCGAGAUGCGCAAGACAGAAACUCUGCGAAAACAGGCCCAGGACGAGGUUAAAUCGACCAUGCUCUCCACCAACAUCCUCAAGAGGAAGUACUCCAAACUGGAGACCCGUUACGAUGCGUUAGCCGCAGAACUGAAGUGGGUGGAGGAGCUCCUCAAGUCUGUGGAGCAGGAGCGAAUGCAGGGAGGGGUUGCUGACGAUGGCCGAUUUGGGGGGAUAUGUUAGUUCCCAUUGUAUGGAAAUCCGUGUUCGACCCCGGGAAGCCUUACUGAACUUCCUGGGAUCCUUUUUAGCCAUUGUCUUAACUGUGUCCAACUUGCAAGUUUCCCAACCGCGUACUUGUGAUGUUUUGGGGGUUUCUUGCCAAAAAUGCCACUGAAAUUCCAAUCUUAAAAAGCCUCUCCUUGAGUAAAAUACCCUUCCCAAUGGACCAAAUAUUCCACUGCCCACAGUCGUGCUCUAUAUCUCUGCUUCCCCCUCCUUACACUUAACAACCAUUGAGUUUCUGAGGAGCCUGGCUCUGUUUGAGGUGAACAUCUCGAUGGUUUGAAGAUUCGUUCCAAAUCGCACCGUUUGCCGAGGGGUCCCCUUUAAUAUGUGAUACUAGGAUCGGGCAUUUUAUUUUCAAAGAGGAAGCUUCUAACAAAACAUAGGAUUUUCAAAAGAAAACACAAAAGUCUCAGCUUUUAAGCUACUGUUAGGAUCUGACCAUUUUUACUCUUGCUGCGAUGCCAAUAUUUCAGCCAUCAGUGUCGAGCUGAUGGGUGGGUUGCUCUGAUUCGGGUGGGAGGGUCAAGAGCUCAAUUGACAGAUACCGAGAAACCAGAGCUCAACCCUGUGCAAUUCACUUCACGUCAAAUGAUUUCGUAUGAGAUCAGAUGAGCAUUUUCUUUGCUUAAACUUCACAGGGUGCAUUCAGUAGCAAGAGGUAUAAAAUGGUCAAAGGACAACGUUUGGUAUAUUGUGAAAUGCAAGGAUGAUUAUGUUACCCGCCCUAUCUUAACUUAGGAUGUGCAACUAAAAUGGCAUCAAUCGUAUUGCUCAGCAUUAAGUGCAGUCAGAAUGGCUUCAUUUGUCCUUUUAGUGAGGUUCCCUCGUAAGUGAAUGCUUCUCCUCAGUGUCUUUCGCGUGACAAUUCGGCACAUGCAAUAUUACCUUUCGAAAGCGCUGCUUGCAAUUCUUGCAAUUGAUCAAACUUGAUAGAAUUGAUCUCAAUUAUUUGACGCCUAACCUGCAAAACCAGACCUUGUGUCAUGGUGUUUCCCUGAGAGGAGAGAGUAUCAAAUGAACCCAUUCCAGCUUCGAUUCAGCUUGUUUUUUUAUAUAGUUUAUUUUGCCUGGUGGGUGGGUGGCGGGGAGAAGGGGAGGUGGAGAUUGGAAAUGCAAUAUGAAACGUUUUUAACGAGUCCCUUCACAAACCCUUGGGUGAACAGCAUUCUUUUACGUUUGUACUCUCGACGUGCUGUGAGCUCAGCACCUCAAGCUCCGUGGCAAAAUUUUGGCGCUGGCAAAAUUAAAUGGUGCUGUUUUUAUUACUGUUGUGUUAGCGAAUCAACCCCGUUUAUUUAAACAUGUGCACAUAGGGGUUUGCUGUGCGUGUUAGACAUUGCAAUCACAUGCACCGAUUUUUAAGGUUGAUCUUUUUAACAGGUUUAACAUGUUAAAAGAUUAGGAUGGGAUAAACCUUAAACACAUUAAGAUUGUGAAUUGGGCUGCUUGUUUACAUGGACACCUCAAACACUAGCUUUAAUCACCAUCAGUGUGAGAUUUAUUAUCUGACACUCUCUCACCCCCCCUCUCCCCCUCCC